AUGUCCGAAAAAAGGGCGGCCGAUAAGCCGCCCGAUCAAAAAAACAGUGAAACUGAUAACACGGAGAACAGGUUACUUACGAUGGAAUAUAUUAAUGGUUUGUUAAAAAGUUUGGAAGCUGAAGUUCCCGCUUAUCUCAAAUCACUUCUUAUAUACAACGGAUUUGAUAAUUUAUAUUCCCUUUCACAGUUUAAUAUUGAUGAAGACAUUGAGAGAAUGGAGUGUUAUCCAAGGGACGUCCUUUCAAAGGUAUUGAAAGGAGAAGAAAAAAAAGCAAUGUCUGAAGGCUGUCCAGCUGAAAAAACUUUCCCCAAAAAGAGAAGAACAGUGACAAAUAAAAGUACAUCUCGAUCUGAGAGUGGUAAUGAAGGCGAUGGUUUUUGUACUCCAAAUGAUGGUUGUGUUUCUCAAGAUGAAGAGCAAGUUAAUUAUGCGAUGCAGCAUGUUUUAAAUAUUAGUCGAAGCUAUAUCGAUAAAUUUUCACGAAAUGAAUUCGACAAAGGCAAAAUUAGUGAAGAACGAUUACAAGAUGUUUUAAAUAAUUCCAAAAACCUUAAAGUCAAAAUGGAUGGUGAAUUUACUGCAAAAAUAUCUUGCCCUUUAUGUACAUUUAUUUCUUCAGCCUAUUCAGUGAAGAACUCCAAAACCGGAAGAAAAUGGGUGAUUUCAAACUUCCUGAGACAUUAUAAAAUACAUUUUAAAGAUGAUCGAACCAACUUAACUAAAAAAUUACCGAUUAAACCGCAGAAACCCGAAAUUCAGACCACUAUACUUAACUUUAUAAAAAAAGAUGCUAAUAAAAAAUGUGACUUAAACCAAGAUUUUGAAGAUCCAAGAGGAAAUCUCUUUGACCUAACCGAUCCCAAUACAGAUUUAAAUUAUGGAGCUUCGACAUCAUCUGGAUUGCACUUGGAAUUGACUACUGAAUUGAGUCAAAAUGAUUCGUUCAUUGACCAAAAUUACGAAAUUCAUGAUGAGGCACAGCAAAAUAAUCCUAAUGGGGUUUUUUUACACUAUAACACAGACCUCGACACAGACUCUCCAACAGAUAAUCAAUCGUCGAGUCAACUAAGAACAAUUGUUGUUAAUGAUUUUUCUACUGAGGAACAUCAAGGAGCCAGCCAAGUUGUAAAUGAUAUCCCAGUAUCUGAAUUAGAGUAUAAUCCAGACAAUUCAUCUCCAUUGGAAGAUUUUUUCUUUCUUGACAAUGUAGCGGAAAUCAAUCAAAGCAAUAAUGGUUCUGAAAAAGUAAAGUCUCCCAAAGCUAAAUCUUUAUUUGAUGAUAGCAAUUCCAGAAGAGAAAGAAGCUUGCGCAUAUUAAAUGAGUUACCAUAUCAUCAAACACAAAUAACAACUUUUCUAAAUACCAUAAAUCAUGCCAUAGACACUAACCCAGAAGUUACAAACACCCUAAGUAUCCUUACCGAAAAUCAAGGCAUUAAUAAAUUUAAUUAUGGCACCAAAGGCCUACUAAAAUAUCUAUUAGACUCAGCAAUAAGAAACUCUAAAAAUAAAUCAGGACACACAAAUAAAUUUGAUGAUGGAAUGAAACGAUUCUGGCUUUAUAUAUUCAUUAGCGCAGGAAGGAUGAGUUAUGAAAUAUUGCACUCAAAUUUAAAAAAUAUACUGCCUUCUGUCACAACUAUUCACAGACAACUAGAAGAAAUGAAUAAUAUAUUAGAGGGUGAAGUGAGAAUUGAAGACUUAAAACUUUAUUUACAAAAGAGAAAUUAUCCACCCAUAAUUUUUAUAUCCGAAGAUCAAACUGCACUCAUCAAAAAAGUCCAAUAUGAUUCAGCUUCAAAUCAAAUGGUUGGCUUUGUAGCACCUUUACAGGAACAGACGAGAUUUCCUCGCAUUAACAAAUUCCCAGUUGAUUCAGUUAGCGACAUUGAAAAUGCUUUUAAGAAUAAAACAUUAGCAAUAAAUGCAUAUAUUUUUAUGGCUCAGCCAUUAGUAGAUGGAUCACCCGCAUUUUGUAUAUCAAUAUUUGGCAGUGAUAAUAGAUUUACCUCAGAAGAUGUUUAUAAACGAUGGCAAUAUCUCAUAAAGGAAGCAGGAAAACAUGGAAUUACAAUUUUGGGCUUUUCAAGCGAUGGUGACACUCGGUGCUUAAAAAGUAUGAAAAUUAUAUCGAAAUUGUCAUUUACUUCAUUGAACCCUUACUCUCCCUAUUUUCAGGCGAAUUACAAUUUAGAAAAUCCAGCAGUUUUUCAAGACACUAUACAUAUAUCAACGAAGCUUAAGACUCGUUUAUUAAAUGAAAAUAUUUCUAUGAAUAUGGGAGGAAAACGAGUAUCUAUUGACAAUAUCCGGUACAUAAUUGAAAACUAUCCUAGAGAUAAACACUUAUUAUGCAAGAGCUUCCUUGAAUCUUCCGACAAAAUGAACUUCAAUGCAAUAGACAAGUUAAGUUCUGAACAUGUCACAAAUAUGCUUAAGGAAGUUCCCAACGCCGAAGCUACAAGGCAAUAUUUAAUACUGACUCGCAACAUAUUGGAUGCAUUCUUGUUAAAAGAAAUUAGUGUUGAAAGACGAGUAUACCUAAUUUGGUAUUCAACUUUUUUCAUGCGUAUUUGGAAAGCCUGGCUAAAAAAAAAUGGUGAAAAUAUCCAAAAGAAUUUUAUCACCACAAAUGCCUAUACAUGCAUAGAAAUAAACGCUCAUGGAAUUAUUUUAGUCAUUGAAAAACUUCGGCAAAAUGGAAUUUCAGAAGCUUUUCUUCCAUGGCUGUAUAGCAGUCAGCCAUGUGAAAAAGUAUUUAGAGAAACUCGGUCCAUGAGUAGCACAUUUUCAACUAUGAUAAAUUAUACACUGCUGGAUGUUUUAAGAAGAUUAAAACGUAUACAAGCUAUGCAUGAGAUAAGCACAGACUUAGGUCCCAAUUUUAGAUUCCCCAGGCAAGAAAACAAACGACUUGGAAAUAAUUCAAGUGUCUUUAAAGUAACUGAGUUUCCAUCAACUGAUGAAAUGAUUAACAUAAUUAAAAAGGCCCAAGAAGACGCACUAUCUGACGCUAAAAAAAUUGGGAUGGAAAUGAACAGGGAUUGUUGUAUAGAAAUUAAUUUACCGACUUGUGACAAUCCGGAAGAGCAAGAAGAGGUGCAGGGAAGUAUAAUUAUCACUGAUACCAUUUCAAAGGAACAUGAGCCAGACCUCGAGCCAGACUUUUCUAAUGAAGACCGGGAGUUUCUUGAAUAUACCUCUACAUUUAAUAAUUAUGACUCUUUACAUUUGAGAGACUAUACGGGUCAAAAGAAAGCACAAAAAUCGUGUCUGUCAGUGACACUUAAAGACAAAAAAACACGAAUUAUAAAAAAAUCUACUCUAAUUUGGUUUUUUCAGGAAAAACAGGGUCGUUUAUCAACCGACAGACUGCUCCGGGUAAAGGGAAUGACAGUUAAAAAUACGCAUAAGGGGUUAUCAAAAAAAAAACAGUUCAGGAAAAAGCCAGGCCAAGGACUUCAACCAGCAGGCAAUAUCAAAAAAAGAAAAAUGUUUCGUCAACCUCAUGAACGAGCUCAUAAAGAUAGUACAUCUGAAUCUCGAUCUGAAUCAGAUGAGAUUAGCUUAGAAAGUGAAACUUUGAGUGAAGAUUUCUCUGACUUAGAAGAUUGCCAUAACGAAUGUACAAAAAUGCCAGUAAUUCAGCUAGAAUCUUAUUAUGCUGUGUUUUAUGAUACACAAUGGUAUCUAGGGCGUGUCAUCAACAGCUACAGCUCAGAAAAGUUUAAAGUGAAAUUUUUACAACAAGACCUGGAUACUUUUAAGUGGCCCAAAAAAGAUGAUAUCCAAGAUGUUCACAAAGAGUUUAUAUUUUAUGGACCAGUUAGUCUAAGCGGAACUGAACCAUUUUCUUUAAAAAGAAAUGAUUUGAUUGCUAUUAAACAGAAAUACAAAACAAUCAAAUCCAUCAAAUCAUUAAAAAAUUAAACAUAUUUUUUUAUGUUAUUUAUUAUGUUAAUAAAGCUACUUUGCUUAAU